ACGUCGAAUCGGGGUUUUGUUAUAUACCACAAAAUUAAAUCGGCGCAUUUCACUUUCGAAAAGUACGUCGGCGCACGUUUCUCGAAUCCGUCCAUCUACACAAAGUUUAUUAUACGUUCACCAUCGACGAUCGACUCUCAGUUUACUCAGUAUACUAAAAGUAAACUUGGGCAAGCGCACGUCCGUGUGGUACCCAAGUGAGCUGCGAUACGGUGACAGUUCUUCCCGGGUAAUUGUUCGAAACAGUCGCGCGUUAACCCAAUUUCAAACAAAUAAAAUUGAAGAUUAUGUUGAAGAAAAAGUGAAAAUAAACAACAAAAGUUUCGGUGAAAGUGGAUUUGAGUGAAAGUUACAUACCAUGGAUUCACCUCAAAUGUACGACAAUCAACAAAACAACCCCAUAAAUCAAGAUGCAAAAAAAACAGUCAUAAUGAACAAUAAUAAUAAUAAUUUAACUACCCUUAAUAAUAAUAACGGUAGUUCGAAACAAACUCAAGCUAUUUUAAAACAACAUCAAUUACAACAAUACCAACAACAUAACGAAUUAAGUGAUUUAAACACCCCCGAAAUAUCGUUAGAUUUACAAAAUUUAAUAGACGAUUCCCAAUUUAGUGAUGGUUUAUUCACCGAAAUACUUUCCAAUCAAGGAAAACACAUCCAAAAUUUACAAACUAGACAAGUUAUGGGGGUACAUAAUACGAACUAUCCCCGUACGACUUUAGCUUACAUGCCCCAACCGGUCCAUAGUGGCGCGACUUAUUCGGCAAAUCAAAACUCUAACAGUGAUUCGAAUAGUUCCGCCGGAAGUGACGUGCCUAGUAUCAAAGAAGAACCGAUUGAUCCGCAGGAAUAUAGAAGACAACCGGGCUGUAAUAUAAUAUCGAAUAAUUACAUCCCCGGAACGUACCCCCAAAAUCCCGGUGCUAAUUUUACGACGUUAACACCCAGUCCUGUCAUCCACCAUCAAUUAAACAUAAAUAUGAAGAAUAAAAACGCCUUGAUGAAUCAACAUAACAUAGCAAGAAAAAAUAUGAAACCGUGUGAUAAAAACAGCGACGAAUAUAGACGAAGAAGAGAAAGGAAUAAUAUAGCGGUGAGGAAGAGUAGGGAAAAAGCGAAAGUGCGGACGAGGGAAACGGAAGAAAAAGUCAAAAUUUUAAUUAAAGAAAACGAGAGGCUACAAAAAAGGAUUGAAUUGUUAACGGAAGAGUUGAACGUGCUUAGAAGUUUGUUUUCUAGCGUUGGGGUUCUACCAGAACACGUCCAUAGAGAAAUCAAUAAACAUUUGGAUUCGUUUCAACUCCAACAUCAACAACAACAUAUGUCGGAAGAUAAUAGACAGAGGAUGAUGGAUAUGGUACACGAUUACGGACCAUAGUCUUAGAUUUUGUCCAAUGUGUCCAAAUUUAAUAAAUCGCAGCUGGUGUUUGAUGAUAUUUGUUGUUGUUGGAUAUUUAUGUAGGUAAUUUGAAAAGCUUUAAAUUAUUUGACGAUUUGGCCGUUUUCUGGAUAAUUUUUUUAUUUGGAAUGUGGGGUAAUAUACGGAAGGAAUCGUUUGUAAUGGAGUAAUUUUAUCUAGGAAUUGGCCUAGGCGUGAAAUCGGUGAAAAUUCGAAUUUUCACUAAAAUUUUUUUUAUGAAUCUUAAAGAUUCUUUAGUUAGAUCUCUUUCAUACUGAGUGUUAUACAAAUUGGCGACUAGUGAACGAAGUUUUAUGUAAAUAUAAGAUUUAUAUAAGUUUUUGAUUAUUAUAGAAAAUGGUGCAACUUUUUUGAAUUGUAAUUUGAAAUGUUGUAAAUAAAUAUUUUUUAAAUUAAAACAAAAACGAAAUUUACAGGAAUUUAUAGAAACACAAAAAAGAAAAAGUAAAUGAAAUCGAUAUAUAAUAUACAUAAAGUAUACAUUUUUUUGAAAAAUUUUUUAAUUUCGUUUUUUAUAUAAAUAAUAAUUUCUUUUUUUGGAAAAUGAUUUUUUACACGUGAUGCCCUUUUAAUAGAGAUUAAAUAUUUAUAGGGCGAUUCUAAAUAAAUAAGACAAAAUUUUCGAAAAGUAAUUUUAAAAAUAAUAAAUUUUUUGUAACGAAAAUUUGUUUGAAAAAAAAACAUGAAAACAAAAAUGAAAUUUGCAGGAAAUUAUAGAAAAACGAAAGAAAUAAAUCAAAUGAUAUCAAUAUAUAAAAAUUUCGCGGUAUACAGGGGGAUUCAAAAAGUUAUAAAACAUUUUUUGAGGUUUUUUUUUUAAUUUCAUAUUUUAUACAAAUAAUUUCUUUUUUUAAAAUGGUUUUUCACAGGUAAUGUCCUUUUGAUAAAGAUUGGAUAUAUAUAGGAAGAUUUUAAAUACAUACGACAAAAUUUUGGAAAACAAUUUUGAAACUAAAUUUUUUGUUUUGUAUCGAAAAUUUGAUUCUAAAAAGUUUUUUGAUUAAAACAAAAACGAAAUUUGCAGAAAGUUAUAGAAAAAUUAAAGAGAUAAAUCAAAUGAAAGCAAUCAAAAUUUCGCGAUAUACAGGGGGAUUCAUAAAUUUAUAAUACUUUUUUUUAGUUUUUUUAUUAAUUUCGUAUUUUAUAUAAAAAGUUUCUUUUUUUAAAAUGGUUUUUUACACGGUAUGUCCUUUUGAUAAAGAUUGAAUAUAUAUAGGGUGAUUUUAAAUAUAUACGACAAAAUUUUGGAAAAGUAAUUUUGAAAAUAAUAGAUAAUAAUUUAUUUUUUUGAAAAAGGGUUUUUUAGACGUAAUGUUUAAGAGAAAUUAAAGAUAUAUAGGGCGACACACAACAAAUAAUUUUGAAAAUAAUAAAUUUUUAUUAUCAAAAAUUCGAUUAUUUUUUAAAAUUCAAUAACAAAACUGAAAA